AGCAUAAGUUUCAUUCAUUCUUUUUCAUACAAUUUUCAUGUGAUGUUGUAGAUUGAUUCUAUUUAUUAAUCCAUCAUAAUUGAUAAUUUUUUGGUUUUCUUUUAAAACUUAUUUAAAUUUAUAUAUUUUUUUGUUUUAUGAUGAUUGACGGCCGAGCAAAUGAACUACCCGAUUUUCAGGUCUUUCGGACGGUAAUAAAAUAUUGUUUAGUCAUUAUUAUUGUACCUGUCCUAUCGUUUUUCUCUGUUAAAGUAGUGCUAUUUGAUGGAAUACUACGACUAGAACCAAUUACGAGCAGUGUUUAUUCUGCUGUAAUAGCGGUGAUUGUGCUUCACGUCACCCUAGGCUUAUAUAUUUACCGGGCGUAUAACGAGGCCGAGAAAACUCCACCUAAACCGGUUAAGAAAGAUUAA